AUGAAAGGCUACUGUUUUUAACCAAGCUCCAGGGAGAUUAUAGAAAAUCUACAAACAAAUAACUAGAGUCCUCAUAUUGAGUUGGUCUCUACAACCCAUAGAUUGAUGGCUAUGUCAACAUAUUAAAGACCAAAGAAAAUAAGGAGAAACACAACUAUUUCCAUCUUUACGUAAUUUUAUAUAAAUAAACAGAUAAUAAAAUGAAAGUGAAUCUCCUAAAAAAUCUCAAAGAUGGCUAUUUAUGUUGAAGAAAUAUAUUACUAUUGUAAGAAUAUCAAUAAGUUUUAUUAAUUCCUUAAAAGAAUAUUAAAAUAAAUAGAAAAUAGAAAGACUAGAUUCAAAACAAUGGAAAAAGGAAUCCUUAUUACCAUUUUAUCCUGAUGAUUUUUUCAUUAAAAAAUGGAGGAUAUUCAUUGAAGUUUUAACAUUUUCAAGUGUCAUCUUGUAUCCCAUUUAUAUCAAUUUCGAAGUUAAUAAAGUAAUUGAAACUGUAGUUAUAGUAUUUGACUUAUUCUUUUUGAUUGACAUUUUAAUUAACUUUCUAACUGGAUAUAUUGAUGAAUGCAAUAAUUUAAUAAUUGAUUUUAACUCCAUUUUUAAACAUUACUUUAAAACUUGGCUCUUUUUUGAUGUUUUGUCUGUAAUCCCAGCAAUUAAUUAUGAAAAAGAAUGGUUUAAAAAAUUCAAAAUGAUUAGAGUACUGAAAUAUUUUUUAAAUAACAAAGAAGUCACCUAUAAAGGACAAGAGAACUAUGUUUAACUUAUUGAGUCAUUAAAUCCUGAACAAGAAUUUACAUUAAAAAGCGGAACUAAAUAUCUUUUAAAUGUAAUUAUAACAUCAUGUUUAUUAAUACAUAUUUUUGGGUGUUGGUAGCAUUACUUCGAUUCAGGAGAUUAUAUAACAAAUAUUUAUUGGUCAUCCUAAACUAUUACUACUGUUGGUUAUGGUGAUAUCAAUGCUAAAUAUGAAUUUGCUGUUCUUUGGAUGGUCAUAGGAGUAGCAUUCUAUUCUUUCACUAUUGGUGAUUUUGCUUUAAUGAUGCAAAAAUCAAAAGUAAAUGCAGAACAGGAUCUUUUAUUUUUGAUAGAAUAAUUAGGUCAUGCUAAAAAUUUCUCUGAAAAAUUGAAACAUAAAUUCUAGUUUUUUGUUAAAAGCAAUCUAUAUCAUAAUUAAUUUUGGUUAGAAGAAUAUAAGUCUAUGGCAAAAGAGCUACCUCAUAACUUAAAAUUAUAUUUAACAUUAAGUACAAUGCUUGAUAUUUGUAAAUAAAUUCCAUUGUUUUUAUAUGAUAUCAAUUAUACAUCUUUAUUGUUAUUAAAUAUUAGAUAUUUGAUUGUUGAAGAAGGAUUCAUUUUAUACAGAGAAGGUCAAAGUUCAAGUGAAAUAUUCUUUUUGUUAUAAGGAGACAUUCGGAUUAUGACAAAAGACAAAACAAUUCUAUUGAAUAUUUUAGAAGGAACAAUUUUUGGAGAGUUUGAAGCUAUUGAAGAGAAAUUAAGAGGAACGUAUUGUGUUGCAUAAAGAAAAUCUAUUUGUUUAGUCAUUCCAUAUAGAAUAUUAAGAAGAGUUAUGUCCCAGAGCUAAAUAUUGGAUUUCGAAAUCAGACAACUACAUUUAAGAAGAAGAAGAUUAAUAAUCAAUAAUUUUAUAGAAGAAAGAAGUAAAUUUUUUAAUUUAAAUAAGGAAGAAAGCAUGCCUAUAAAAGGUAAGAAGUGAGAUUUUAUACAUAGUCAUUUUUACAAAUGACUAAAGAAGAAUAUGUUUUGAAUAAAAAGGUAAUCCAAAUAUUGAGUGUAGAAGAAUAUAAUAAGUCAUUAUUAAGUAAGAUUAUAGGUAAAAAGUUACAAAGACUUUCUUAAUUUUUGGUCAAAUUCAAAAGAUCUGUUUAAAGAGUAAUUGAAAUGAAUCAUCAAUUAGAUGAAACUAUACCAGAAUAAUGGAGAGAGUUGAGUAAUUACCAAUUAAUAAAGAGAGUCUUUCCUAAAGAUUAUUUGUCAUAGAAAUUUUAAUAGAUUUCCUUAUCAAGAAAAUCUUCAUCGGUUCAUUCUUCAAUUAGCAAACUAAGCAAAAUGAAAUAUUCAACUUAUAGUUAACAAUAUUUUUUUCAAAAGCUCCCUGAGAUUAGAUUAAAACAUAUAGUUUUACAACAUAUUAGAUUAACUAAAAACAAAUUUGUGCCACUUUAAUAAAUAAUAAACAAGUAUUCAGAAGAUCCUGAAUAACUUAAUUUAAAGAAAAAGGAAAGUGUUGAAAGGUCAGUAUGGACCAAAAAGUUUACAAAGAUUUCUCAAACAGUUAUUCUACGAAUCGAUCAAAUCUAAGACAGUGGCGAUAAAUAUAAUGAAAUAAUGCAGUCAAUGAAAAGGAUUGAAAAGUUGUGGCUAAAAGGAUCUAUGUACAAGUUUGAAUGGUUCCAAGAUUAACAUUCAUAAUCGAAAUAAUUUUUAAUUUGA